AUGAAUACCUAGAAAAAUACUAAAAAUUAUAUUGAUCAUAACACGUAAAGCAAUUUUGAAAUGGAGGAUUUGAAGGGUAAAGCUAUAAUAAUAGGUUUUUUAGUGGUUUCCCGUGGGAUUUAAAUCAAAGAGUUCUAUCAUUUUAUUGAAAAAACUUCUUUUAUAUAAGAAAAUUUUGAAAUGCUAUCUAAAGUUGGUGAAAAUCUACGAUUAAAUUUUAAAGAUUGGCCUACAGCUGAAUAGGCUAUUAUACUGUUUAAACUUAAUAUGUAUUGUAAUUUUUAAUUUUGUAAGGUAAAACAAGAGAAAGAAAUCAAUAAAGUGGAGUGAACCUGAAAAAAAGUUAUUAUAUUGGAUAGUAAUCCGUUAUUGUAUAUUUACAGGAAUGAAGGACAAUAGAUAAUUAGUAAAUGAUUUAUUAAUUUGACAGAAAUAAGAAGAAUGGAGAGAAAUUUCUAAAAUAGUAAUAGGAAGGAAUGCACAUCAAUGCAGAUAGAAAUGGGAAUAAAGAUAUAGAGUUCCAUUAUCCUUAAUACCUUGGACUUAAUAAGAAGAUGAGUUGUUAUUUGAGGUUCAUGAGUAAGAAUAUUAAUUGAUAGUUAGAGAUUUCAAAAAGAUGGGCAGAGAGAAUAAGUGGUCAUAAAUAGCAAAUGAAAUGUUCAAAAGAUCUUCUAAUAAAGUAUUUAGAUAACCAAAAUAAUGCAGAGAGAGAUGGAUAAAUAGAGUAGAUCCAAAAAUAAUAAAGUAUAAAAUUAUUAAAUUAGUGUGCCUUGGGAUAAAUAAUAAGAAAUCAAUCUAUUAAAGUUGAUAUUAAUUAGAGGUAAGAAAUGGUCUGAAUUAUCAAUUUUAUAUGGAAAAGCAAGAUCAGAGAAUAGCUUAAAAAACAAAUAUAAUUCUUUAAUCAAAAGAGAAAUAUAAAAAUAAAAGUUUGAUUCUAUUAAUCCAAUUUUAUUUGAAAAAGUUUAAAUUUUAAGACAAAAUUAUGCUAAAUAAUUUGGUAUAAUUCCUCCAAUUGAAGAAAUUGAUAAUUACGAAUGCCAAUUUAUUCUUUUAGCUAUUAAAAAUUUAUAUGUGGAACAACAUUUACAAUUAGGAAAUAUUGCUGAAGCUAAAAUUAUUAAUAAUGAUGAAUCUUUUGAUUAUUUUUUGGAUGAGAUUUUUGAAGAAAAAGAAGGAUAACUUCUAAAUUUUUAAUAUAGGAAGAAAUUAAAUCUCUAAAAAGUCGAUUCUAAAUUUUAAAUAAAAAACGAAAAUAGCAGCAUAGUAAUUUUUAAUAAACGAUAGAAUAAAAUCUACUUAACUCCAUAUAAUGUUUUAGAUUUCGAAAAUAUCAUACUUAAUAAAAUUAUAAAGAAAGUUAAUAUUGAUAUUAAUGAGAAAAAGAAUGAUUAAAAAUAGGCUUCUUUCUCCAAUUAAUCAAACUUGUUCUAUUUAAAUUAAUAAAAUUUAUUAGCUCCUUCUUAAUAAUUAAAUAAUUAUUGGUUUAUUCCAAAUUUUUAUGGACCAGCAUCAUUAGCAUAAAAUAAUAAUUAAAGUUAUUUUCACGCAUUCUAAUAAAGUUAACUAUAUGAUUAAUAGAAGAAAAGUGAAUAAUAAAAUUAAUAGGAUGUCAUAGGAGUAAAUAUAAAAACUGCAGAUUCAUGUGAUGAAGUAUGA